AAUGUAUAUUCUCAGCCCGACACAGAGGUACCUGAUGAGCCUUUUGCAAACGACUUUACCAACGAAAGCUCUCCAAAGAUAGAAGAUGACGAUACUCGAAGCCCCACUUCGCCACAGCCGAGAAGAAGAAUAGUGUCUACAAGUUCCAAGGAGCAGUGCUAUGAUACCGCUGACGCGGAUACACCAAAACCAAUAAAACUAGACUCUGCAGCUCAAGCGUAUAUUGACAAGCAGAGAAAGCUUCAAGAGGAUCUAACCGAUGAAAUGGUGGGACUUGCAAGACAACUCAAGGAGACAAGUCAAACGAUAAGCCAAUCUGUGCAAAGUACAGAAAAGAUACUUGACUCCACCGAGGAGGCCAUUGAGCAAAGCUUAGCGAGCACAGGGCACACAACCACAAGAGCCACAAAGGUAUAUUCACAAAGCUCAAAGACAAGUUGCUUCCAGUGGCUCUUGAUCUUCGCCAUGACAUGUGUGUUUAUAAUGGUUGUCCUGUUGAUCCGAGUCACAUAGAAAAUGAUUCAGAAUGUAAACCAAGUUUUUAACAAAUUCAAAAAAAAAAAAACAUUCCAGUCUCUUUAUCAUACAGUUUUGUGAAAUUUAAGGUGACUUUGUAAAUUCAGAGUUGGAUAUGUGAAAACUACUUUGUUAAGAUAUAUAUAUU